CAGCUGAUCGCAUAGACUGCAUUUAAAUUUCUUCAUUUCUAUAUUUUGGUUUUUAUUCCUUUGCACAUAUUUUUUGUUCACAAAUUGGCCAAAACAAAUGGACUAAGUGAAUAUAAGUGAAGUGCAACAAGGAUAGCGAAUCCCAAACAUAUGCAAUAAUUUGAUUCGUCCAACAUGUCCCUACCCCGUAUCACCGACUACGACCUGCUGGAAAAGCUUGGGGUUGGCAGCUACUCAACGGUCUACAAAGCGCGCCACAAGAAGAACCGCAGUUUUCAUGCCAUCAAGAUUGUCGAAAUGUCGACGUUGUCGAACAGUUCACGCGAGAAUCUGAUUACCGAGAUACGGCUGCUGCGUUCGCUUAACCACAAAUAUAUUGUGACGCUGGAGGAUUUCUUUUGGGACGAUAAAAAUAUUUACAUUGUGCUGGAAUUUUGCAAUGCUGGUAAUCUAUCUGCCUUCAUACGUUCAAAGAAGGCGCUACCAGAGUCCACAUGCCGCUACUUUCUACGUCAACUGGCAGCUGCUGUGCAAUAUAUGCGCGCUAAUGAUGUUUGCCACUUUGACUUGAAACCACAAAAUUUAUUGUUGACCCGUAAUUCGAAUGUCGUUUUAAAAGUGGCCGAUUUUGGCUUUGCUCAACAUUUAAAAUUGGGGGAAAUAAAUCAACAGCUGAAAGGUUCGUCACUCUAUAUGGCACCAGAAAUCGUACGCAAACACCAAUAUGAUGCUAAAGCCGAUUUGUGGAGCAUUGGCGUGAUCUUAUAUGAAUGUCUUUUUGGCAAAGCGCCAUACACGUCGAAGAGUAUCGAAGAGCUUUUACAGCGCAUACGUAACGCCGAGAAAAUAACUAUACCGACAAAUGCAAGCAUUAGCAAUGAGUGCCAUGAUCUACUUUGCCGUUUACUGGAACACGAUCCUGCCAAGCGUAUUUCAUUUGAUUCCUUUUUUGCACAUCCAUUCAUUGAUCUCAAAACGCUGCCAUCAGAGCAUACAUUACAAAAAGCUGCAGAGCUCGUUACCAAAGCCGUCGAAUACGAUGAAAAACAAAAUUACAAAGAGGCAUAUUAUCUAUAUUGCAGUGCGCUGCAAUAUUUUGUGCCACUUAUUACCGAGGAAGCAGAUGCCAGCAAGCGCUUGGCGCUACGUAAUCGUGCACUUACCUACCUCAAACGUGCUGAAGAAAUCAAAAAUGUUCUAAUCGAUGCUGAAUACAAGGCGGCUGCAGCUAAAGAGCAACGAAAUCACCAGGGCCAGUUUGCGCAGCAAGACCAACUGCCAUGCAGCUCAACGCCACAUUUCGCAACAAAGCUACAACCCAGCAUAGCAGAAGUGUUGGAGCCGGAUGUGCGGUACAAGCAGCUGUUUGCGCUCUCACACUCGAGCCCCCAGUUAAAAAGUGCUCUAGAAAUUGGACGUCAAGGCGAGCUUUAUUUGUAUGAAAAAAAGUUUAAAGCAGCACUGGAAGCGUACACCUCGGCCUUGGGCAUGUUGGUGCCGUUCACAAAUAAUGAACCGAAGGGCGAGCGCAGAAAUUUGCUUUUACAACAGUUGGAGAUUUGGAUGAAGGAGGCUGAGAGCAUUAAAAGCAUUCUAUCUGCUAAGGAAAUGGUUGAUGAGCAAAAAUUACCAUCGGUGUCGCUGCGCGGUUCAACCGGCUCACAUUCGUGCGGUUCCAGCAUUAUUGCACCUCGUUGGAUACUCACCGCCGCUCAUUGUGUUUAUGGUGCUAAAGAAUCGAGCAUCAGCAUUCAAUUUGCCUCGACAGAGCUCAAUGCAAAUAGUGCAAAUGUGGCGAAGGUGAAACGUAUCAUAGUGCAUGAAAACUAUUCGAGCACGGAUAUCACAAAUGACGUUGCCUUGUUGGAGUUGAGUGGUCAAUUGGUGUACAACUACAAAACUAUCGCUCCAGUAACGUUGCCGGAACAGAAUUUUGAGAUACCACAAACUACGGAAGGUGUGCCCGGUGUAUUGGCUGGUUGGGGUCGGAAUUAUACCGGCGGCCCUGUUCAGACAAUUCUGCAGGAAGUCGCAUUGAAGAUUUACUCAGAUGAGCAGUGCAUUUCACUUCACAAUAACGAGACUACUGUUGACAACAUUUGCGGUGGCGUAGAUGAGGGCUGGAAAGGCCAGUGCAAUGGUGAUUCCGGCGGUCCUCUGCUCUAUGAGGGGAAUAUUCAAUUGGGCAUUGUGUCUUGGAGUAUCAAACCGUGCGCUACACCACCAUACCCAGGUGUGUACACUAAAGUGUCUCAUUAUGUCGACUGGAUUAAGGAAAAUUGUGAUUCAUGUGUUUGAGUAGUGAUUUCUUAUAACUAUAUUAAAAUAAAAA